AUGCCAUCACAUGGAACUAGUAAUAAUAAUAAUAAUAAUAAUAAUAAUAAUAAUAAUAAUCAUAAUAAUAAUAAUAAUAAUAAUAAUAAUAAUAAUAAUAAUAAUAAUAAUAAUAAUAAUAAUAAUAAUAAUAAUAAUAAUAAUAAUAAUAAUAAUAAUAAUAAUAAUAAUAAUAAUAAUAAUAAUAAUAAUAAUAAUAAUAAUAAUAAUAAUAAUAAUAAUAAUAAUAAUAAUAAUAAUAAUAAUAAUAAUAAUAAUAAUAAUAAUAAUAAUAAUAAUAAUAAUAAUAAUAAUAAUAAUAAUAAUAAUAAUAAUAAUAAUAAUAAUAAUAAUAAUAAUAAUAAUAAUAAUAAUAAUAAUAAUAAUAAUAAUAAUAAUAAUAAUAAUAAUAAUAAUAAUAAUAAUAAUAAUAAUCAUAAUAAUAAUAAUAAUAAUAAUAAUAAUAAUAAUAAUAAUAAUAAUAAUAAUCAUAAUCAUAAUAAUAAUAAUAAUAAUAAUCAUAAUCAUAAUAAUAAUAAUAAUAAUAAUCAUAAUCAUAAUAAUAAUAAUAAUAAUAAUAAUAAUAAUAAUCAUAAUCAUAAUAAUAAUAAUAAUAAUAAUAAUAAUAAUAAU